UCGCACUGCACAACAACCUCAUUUCAAAACAACUUGGCGAUUUGGAAGUUAAUGGACUCAAGAUGACGACCCCUGCACCAGUACCUGUACCAGCACCCAAACGAGGAAUCGUUAAACAGAUCCUCUCAGGAGAUUCUGUGGUAAUUCGUGGACUUAGCGGAGCCCCACCGCCGGAGAAACAAAUUGCAUUCUCUGGAAUCACUGCUCCUAAGUUGGCUAGGAGGCCUGGUGAAAGUUCUGGCGAAAGUAAAGACGAACCGUGGGCCUGGGAAACGAGAGAAUUCCUCAGAAAAAAACUGAUUGGAGAAGAAGUACUUUUCGUGUCUGAAAAACCGCCCAAUGCGACCAGGGAGUAUGGCACAAUAUAUCUGGGAAAAGACAUCAAUACUGCCGAAAAUAUUUCUGAAUCGUUGGUAUCAGAAGGUCUAGUAACAGUGAGGAGAGAGGGCGUAAGACCAACACCUGAACUUACCCGUCUCUGUGAGCUUGAAGAUGAGGCAAAACGUGCUGGGAAAGGAAAAUGGGGAACAAGUCCUUCUUCUGAACAUGUAAGAGAUGUCAAAUGGUCUCUAGAAAACAUCAAAGCAUUUGUAGACAAAAACGAAGGUAAACCAAUUAAGGCUGUUAUUGAGCAUGUUCGUGAUGGCUCCACAGUUCGUGCCUUCUUAUUACCUGACUUCCAUUACAUCACUUUAAUGAUUGCCGGUAUCAGGUGCAAUGGAUUUAAGCUUGAUGAACAAGGUAGACCCGAUCCAUCUCAAAAGAUUGAAUUUGCCGAAGAAGCUAAAUAUUACGUUGAGGUUCGUCUUUUACAACGCGAGGUUGACGUUGUUUUAUAUUCUGUCAAUAACAGUAACAACAUAAUUGGUUCGAUUUUGCAUCCGAAAGGAAAUAUCGCAGAAAAUUUGGUACGUGAAGGCUUCGCCAGAUGCGUUGAUUGGUCUUUAGCUCCACUUCCGUCAGUUGACAUUCAAAAACUUCGUUUAGCCGAAUCCCAAGCUAAAAGCGAACUAAAACGCAUUUGGAAAGACUAUCAAGCUAGAGCCCCUCAAAUUACAGGCAAAGAAAAAGAAUUUUCAGCUACCGUUGUUGAAGUUAUCAAUGGCGAUGCUCUUCAACUGAAGUUGGCCAAUAAUUCAUUUAAAAAAGUAUUUUUGGCUAGUAUAAGACCACCAAGGGAAGCAGGCAGAGCAGGCCAGGACGAAGAAGGCAAGCCGAUUCCAAGGCCAAAGGGUUUUAGGCCUCUCUACGACAUUCCAUGGAUGUUUGAGGCACGUGAAUACUUGAGAAAAAAACUGAUAGGCAAAAAAGUUCACAUUGUCAUUGACUAUAUUCAAGAAGCCAGAGAUAGUUUUCCUGAAAAAGCCUGUGCAACAGUCACCAUUAACGGAAAAAACGUAGCUGAAGCUCUGGUAUCCAAAGGCUUGGCUACUGUUGUGAGAUAUAGGCAAGACGAUGACCAAAGGAGUUGCAGAUAUGAUGAGCUUUUGAAGGCCGAAACUAAGGCUGAAAAAUCACAGCUGGGAGUACACUCGAAGAAAGACGGUGCACCAUUGAGGGUUACUGAAAUUGAUAGUGCCAGAGCGAAAUUGGAACUUGCCUCAUUCCAGAGGGCUCAGAGAAUCGAUGCUAUUGUGGAAUUUGUUGCUAGUGGCUCCAGGUUGAGAUUAUACAUUCCCAAGACUAACAGUUUAGCUACAUUUUUGCUUGGUGGAAUUACCUGUCCAAGAGCCACCAGAGCAGCCACAGGUAAUCUUCCAGCGUCAGAAGGUGAAGAAUUCGGUGAUGAAGCCUUACUGUUCACCAAAGAAAAAUGCCUGCAAAGAGAAGUUUCCAUCCAAGUCGACACCCAUGACAAAGCUGGUAAUUUCAUUGGUUGGCUAUGGGUGGAUAAUGUAAACAUGUCCGUCGAGCUUGUCAAGGCCGGUUUUGCUUCUGUUCACUUUACCGGCGAAAAGUCUUCAUAUGCUUCUCAACUGAAACAAGCUGAGGAUGGUGCCAAAGCGCAAAAAUUGAGAAGGUGGAAGAAUUAUGUGGAAGAAGAACCUCAAGAAAAGGUUGUUGAAGAAGAACGGGUGCCAACAGAGAGGAAAGUUAAUUACGAAGAAGUCGUUGUAACUGAAGUUACAAAUGAAGGAACAUUCUUUGUGCAAAAAGUUGCUGAUGGUCCAAAAGCUGAAUCGUUAUUGGCCAAACUCAGGCAAGAAUUCGAAGCUAAUCCACCACUUCCAGGCGCAUACAACCCGAAGAGAGGCGACAUUUGCGCCGCUAAAUUUACUCUUGAUGACGCUUGGUACAGAGUCAAAGUAGAAAAAGUAGCUUCUGGCAAAGCUUUGGUCCAUUACAUUGAUUAUGGAAACAGAGAGACCAUCCCCACAACAAGAUUGGCAAGUUUACCAGCUGCUUAUUCAGCUGACAGACCUUUUGCUGCUGAAUACAGCAUGCCUUAUGUAAGUUUGCCGAAAGAUGAGGAGUUCAAAGAAUUGGCUCUCAAGUAUCUAAAGGAAGACACCAACGUUGCCAAAUUAUAUUUGAAUGUUGAAUCUAGAGCUGCCGGACAACACACUGCUUCACUUCACAAAGACCAAUCUGGCACCACGGAUAUUGUAAGAGGGCUCAUUGCUGAAGGUUUAUUGCUGGUCGAUAAUAUCAAGAGUCGAAGACAAAACAAAUUGCUUGAAGAUUAUCGGGCUGCUCAAACUGAAGCUAAGAAGGCCCACUUGAACAUUUGGGAGUAUGGUGACAUUACAGAGGACGAUGCUAAGGAAUUUGGACUUGGGAAUUAAAUUACAUUCUGGAGAUGGGGACCAUUAAAAGCAAGUAACAAAUCAGCAGAGCAACCUGUUUUUAUUAUUUCAAAAGAGAUUUUAUGCUGUAUAAUUUUUUACAAGUUUAUUUAAUUUUUAAGACUUUUUUCCUAUUGAGUUUCAAACUGUGUCAUGACAUUCAAUCCUAUUUGUGAAAUUAAUAAUCUUACUUGAAGAUUAGGAAUACUCCUUGAGUAAAAAUUACUUCAAAUUGAUAUAAACCAGCCUUAAAUCAAUAUUGAUUUCUUGUUAUCUAAUUUAACAAAUUUGAUAUACCUAACUUUUUACAAUCUUAAUCUUUCUUUUUUUUUAAAUUAUAUUUUGUAUAUUUUUAAAAUUGCUUUUUUGAAAUUUACUGGAGAUCAGGUAUUUAUACAAUAAUACAAGAUUGACCCUUAUUAGGUAAAAUUAAGUUGAAAAUUAGGGUCUAUACAAUUUGAUAGGAGUUUAUGAAUAAUUAAUUAUAAUUAUGGAUUUUCAUAUAUUAAUUUAUUUUUAUGUAUGACGUUAUGUCAUGCAUUCUAUUGUAGGGAAAGGCUCUGUUUAUUAAAAAAAACUAUUCAAUAAA